GCAGCCACGUCACCAAUUAUUACCUUCCCCUUCUUCUUUCUCCCUCCCUCUCGGGUUCAGGAAAAAGAACCUGAUGACACUUCUCUCAUCAGGAUUCAUAAUCCUUUCUGUCAAAAGUCUCUCUUAUAACCCUCGCCUAGCUCUCCUUCAGCUUCCCCAUAAACACAAAUACCCAAUGUCUUCUUCACUGAAGAAAUCCCCAUCAUCAUCAUCUGUUGUUCGUUUGCAUGAACCUCUCCUUCUUAUGGGCUGCAAAACCAAGCCCUUAUUCAUCUUUCUUUCCCUUAUCUUCUUCGCUUUCUUCCUUUAUUACUUCGUCUCUUUCUCUGUAAUCUCACCACCCCACAUCGCCAUCGCCUUCUUUCCCGCGAACAUCUCCGCGCCUUCGUCGAUCAACGCCACUGCCAAUCUAUCCGAUCACGUGGUGCAGGAGCAAGUGAAUGAACUCUCUCUACAAACUCGUCACGUGUUUCGAGAUUAUGCUAAAUUGAAGUCCGAUUCUGUUCUUUUUCCGGAUUGGGAUGUUCUUGCAGUCGUCUCGCCCGAGACACCGUCGGAUUCUGUGGACGGUUGGUUUUGUUUUUUUUCAACCAAGGAAAAUUCGAAGGCAAGAUUUUCGGGGUUUUUGCCGUUAACUAAUCUGACGACGUUUAAAUGUAAUAUGCCGAAAAGAGUUCGCCGUCAACGGCCGAUUUUUCAACCAGUUUUGACGAAGCAUCCAGAUAAAGAAGAAGAAGAAGAAUCUCUCAUUAGAGAAGCUUCCGCCCGGGAGCUCAUCAGAAACAACUUCUACGUGUACGAGGCGCUUUCCUCGGAGACCGACGUCGCUUUGUUCGGUAAAGGCGUGAACGGACGUCAAGGAUUCAACAGGCCUCCUCACGAGCUACGGUGUCUGUUUGGUGAUAACGGCACUGACACCGCCGUUAGAACGGCCGUAACCAGCUCCGCACAAGAGGUCUUCAGGUGUGCUCAACCGGACUUAACACUGUUUCCCAGUUCCAACAACAACCCAAUCAAAGUCUCCAUAGAAAUCCCGAACGAAAACCUAAUUCUCCCUUCAGUGGUGUACUACACACCUCGUCGCAAGACAGCGGAAACCUCCGAGAAGAAGUCACUAUUGUGCGCAUCGACGAUGGUGUACAACGUGGGCAAGUACUUGAAAGAAUGGGUGAUGUACCAUUCAAGAAUCGGAGUGGAAAAAUUCAUACUGUAUGAUAAUGACAGCGACGACGAUUUGGGAACGGUCGUUCAGGAACUUAACGAACAAGGUUUCAACGUGACAACGUUCCUAUGGCUAUGGCCCAAGACUCAAGAAGCUGGCUUCUCUCACAAUGCAUUAUACUUGAAAGAUUCAUGCAAAUGGAUGAUGUACUUUGACGUUGACGAAUUCCUCUUCUCUCCGUCCUGGUUCAAAGAGCCACAACCAUCGCCUCAUCUCUUACAAUCUCUUUUACCAAAAAAUCCCUCCGUCGGUGAAGUCUCCUUCCAGUGCCACGAUUUCGGACCGUCGGGUCAGACUUCACACCCCGCCGGAGGAGUCACACAAGGGUAUACAUGUUACAGACGAGUCCAACAGCAACGGCACAAGUCGAUUGUAUUACUAGAAGCAGUCGACGAAUCAUUGAACAAUGUGAUUCACCAUUUCGGGUUGAAGACUACGUAUAAAUGGAAACAAAUGAGUUCGAAGUUUGCAGUGGUUAACCAUUACAAGUACCAGGCAUGGUCAGAGUUCAAAAGCAAGUUUCGUAGAAGGGUUUCGGCUUAUGUGGUGGACUGAAGAGAGACGAUGAAUCUGCAGUCGAAUGAUCGGACGCCGGGAUUAGGAGUGGAGCCGGUUGAGCCGAAAGGGUGGAAAGAGAUGUUCUGUGACGUGAGAGAUGAGCGGUUGAAGUUGUUGAACCAGAGAUGGUUUGGAAGUCAAACAGAGAAAGGUCUGAAAAUGGCGUGGGAAAGAUGAUUAAGUGUGCUUAAGUGAUGUAAACCUAGGCAAUUAAAAGAGUUAAAUAUUGGGUCCGUGGUUGAAUCGGGUGUAGAUUUGGUGGAAUAUGAUUGGUAGACGUAGAUACACACAAACACAGGGAAGAUAAACACGUAGAAUAAUGUAGUAUAUUGGGUUUUUAAUAAAUCUGCGUGCGCACAUUUUUAAUAUAUAAAAUUAUUUUAAAUUAAAAAUA